AUGUCUGGCUUUCAAGCUCGCCCCAAGCGGGCGGGUGAAGACUUCUCGCGAACACACCAUGAAGAAGACGAUGCGAACGAUCCUUCAUCGAAGAAACCGCGAUUUGACCUACGAAACCCCUCCACUCUAGCCCCAGAUGCCUUGGAUGACGAUGUUGUUCUGGAUGCAGAUGAAAUUGGCCGUCGCGGACAACAAGUGCGCCGCAAAGCCGUCAAUCUAGACGGUUACGACUCUGACAGCGACAACGAAGGCUUCCAUGCGCGGUCCGAAGCCAAGUCAAAGGCCAGCCGUGCAAAACAGGACGCCGAUGAUGACGACAUGUUUGCAGAAUUAGAAGAGGAUUUCGGUGCGGAGGAGGUCGAUGCCGACGAGGCUAUGCGCAAGAACAAGAAGAAUGUGCGCUUCCUGCGAGAUGACGAAAUUGAGGGCCAAGUAGCUGGGUCAAAGGGUGGAGGCACACUACAUGCGGACUUGAGCCGAGGACCUGACGAAGUAGACGCGGACGAGGCAGAAAGCGACAGUGAAAUUGGAGAGGAGGAACGUGCCAAAGUCGAUGGGGAAAUGGACGAGGAGCUAGGGGCAGGGUCGAAGAAAAAGCAUGCGCCCUUGCUCGACGCUUUCAACAUGAAGACGGAACAAGAAGAGGGCAAAUUUGAUGACCAAGGCAAUUACAUUCGAAAAGCUGCCGACCCCGAUGCAGUCCACGAUACGUGGCUGGAAGGUGUCUCGAAGAAGGAGAUUCGACUCGCGAAGGAGGCUGCCGACAAAAGAGAGGCCGAGAGGAAGGAAAAGGACAGGGCGAACGACAGUGUCCUUGCGUCAGAUGUCUUAAAAACGCUUAUCAUCAACCUCAAGCGAGGCGAAACGAUACUUGAGGCAUUGGCCAGGAUAGGCAAAGGAGCCCCCAAAAAGCCAAAAUGGCAGAACAACCGCAACAAGAAUCGAUCCAAGCAAAAAGAGACCGCGGCUGAAGAUACGGAUAUGACUGAAGAUGACCCCAAAGAGGCUGCGCGGAAGAAAACCAUUGAGGAUGUUACGGGUGCGGCAGAUAUCCUUAUGACCAGGGGCCAGGCCGACAUCUACGAUACGGAACGUGAGCUUCUGACUCGACAAUAUCGUCGGGAAACAGGGGAAGACUGGAUUGAUCCGCCGGAGGAGGACACCGCCACCACCGCCGAUCAUCAAACUCCUACCAUGUGGCAAUUUCGUUGGUCUGAUGCUCGAGACGGUGGAGUUGUACAUGGCCCAUACGAUAGUGCAACGAUGGAGUCAUGGAACCACGCUGGUUACUUUGGUGAAGGCGUUGAAUUUCGACGGACAACGGACACGGGCGAAUGGAGAAGGGAAGCUAAUUUUACUCAAUAA